GAUAAAUACACGGGGCCGGCUCUGAUGUUGGAGUCCUGCAGGUUUCUGUGAAACUGGCCGAACAGCUGUGGAAUCUGUUGAGUCAGUUCAUGGCAGGAGGGUAACGACUGCUUCCACAAUCUACUGAAAACUUCUCAAACUUAUCAGCCUUUCAGAUUUUAUCUCUUGUUUUUGUUGAUGUCUUUCCAGGAUUUACGACUCGAACUUUCCUGCAACAUGUUCAGAUUUUUUUUCUGAUUCUUUUUUUUUUCUUUUUCUGAUUUCUUUUUUUUCCUUUUAUCUUAUGGAUCAUGUAAACUUGUUAAAAGAAGAAGUUUGGACAUAAUCAACUGUUAAGAUGCUGGAUCAGAGGCUGACAUGCGGCAGAGGAAUCAGUCUGAAGAAUGACAGCUGGAAAAUGACAUCUUACUGCGUCACGUAGUGAAUCAUAAAGGGAUUCAAGAACUUUGAUUGGUCGACUGCCGGAAUCUACGGGAGACUGACCUUUUUGAUCAACCUGUCAGCUGAGCUUACCACCGUGACCAUGGCAACCAGAGAAAAGCAGCCUUGGAGCCUGGCGGCUCUGUUUCCAUGCUGCUUCAGAGAAAAUGACCAACCAGAAAUCACCUACUGCAACGAAAACGUCGCCAAAGUGGUUGCAAUGGAGCCCACGCUGCCCCCGCCCCCCCUUCAAGAGCUGGACGCCAUGUUUACUGAGUUGGUGGAUGAACUGGAGCUCACAGAGAAGCACCGAGUGGCCAUGUUUGCUCUGCCAGCAGAGAAGAAGUGGCAGAUUUACUGCAGCAAGAAAAUGGAAGCUGAAGAGAACAAAGGAGCAACGAGAUGGCCUGAAUUUUAUAUCGAUCAGAUCAGAACCAUGGCUGCUAGGAAGACUCUGCUGGCGUUGGAGGAUGGGGAAGACCAGAGCAGGCAGAGGACAGUAGAAGAUCUGAAGACAGCGCUGCGAACUCAGCCAAUCAGGUUCAUCACUCGAUUCAUCGAGCUGGACGGCCUCUCCUGCAUCCUGAACUUCCUCAGGUCGAUGGAUGACGAGACGGCCGAGUCUCAGAUCCACACCUCUCUGAUUGGCUGCCUCAAAGCUCUGAUGAACAGCUCUCAGGGCAGAGCUCAUGUCCUGGGCCACUGCGAGUGCAUCAACAUCAUCGCUCAAAGUCUGGCCACAGAGAACAUUAAAGCCAAGGUGGCGGUGUUGGAGAUCCUGGGUGCUGUGUGUCUGGUACCAGGAGGACAUAAGAAAGUUCUGGACGCCAUGCUUCACUUCCAGAAGUUUUCCUCGGAGAGAACUCGCUUCCAGAACCUGGUGACCGACUUGGACAGAUCCACAGGUCGCUACAGAGAUGAAGUCAGUCUGAAGACCGCCAUCAUGUUCUUCAUCAAUGCUGUGCUCAGUCAGGGAGCAGGAGAGACCAGUCUGGAGUUCAGAAUCCAUUUACGCUACGAGUUUCUGAUGCUGGGCAUUCAGCCGAUCAUCGACAAGCUACGCUCCCAUGACAACGCCAUCCUGGACAGACAUCUGGACUUCUUCGAGAUGUUGAGGAACGAAGACGAGCUCCAGAUGUCCAAACGCUUUGAUGUUACUCACAUCAACACUAAAAGUGCGACGCAGAUGUUUGAGCUGAUCAGGAAGAGACUGAACCACACAGAAGCUUUUCCUCACCUUCUGUCAGCUCUGCAGCACUGCCUCAUGAUGCCCUAUAAGCAGACCCGGAUGAUGCUUCAGUACUGGGUGUUGUUGGACCGGAUAAUUCAGCAGCUGGUUCUGCAGACAGAAAAAGGAGAAAACCCUGACGUCACUCCUCUGGAGGACUUCAAUGUUAGAAAUAUAGUUCGCAUGUUGGUCAAAGAAAAUGAAGUCAAACAGUGGAAAGAACAAACCGCUGAAAUGAGAAAAGAACAUCAGAACCUGCAGCAGCGCCUGGACAAGAAGGAGAGGGAGUGUGAAGCCAAGAAUAAGGAGAUGGAAGACAUGAUGGCUACGCUGAAUAAGAUGAAGGACAAACUGGAGCGAGAGAGCAACGAGCACAAGCAGACUAAACGACAAGUAGAAGAACUUUCUGCUCGUCUGCAGCAGCUCAGUUCUAGCUCCAGCCUUCCAGGAGGACCUCCACUGACCUCUGGUGGUUUAGUUCAUCCUUCUCCCAUCUCAUCCAUCCCCACUCCUCCUCCUCCACCUCCUCCUCCAGGAGGCCCUCCACCUUUUGGCAUGGCUCCAUUUGCCCCACCUCCUCCUCCUCCAGGAGCUCCCCUGGGAACAGGACAGAUGAAGAAGAACAUUCCUCAGCCAUCUAAUCCGCUGAAGUCCUUCAACUGGAGCAAACUGCCUGAGAACAAGAUUGAAGGAACCAUCUGGAAAGAGAUUGAUGAUCUGAACGUGUUCAAAGUUCUGGAUCUGGAGGAGUUUCAGAAGACUUUCUCAGCUUACCAGAGACCAACAAAAGACACAGAGGAAGACCACACGCCUGCCAAGAAAGUCAAGGAACUGUCAGUGAUUGAUGGCCGCCGAGCACAGAACUGCAACAUCCUGCUAUCACGACUGAAGCUGACCAAUGAGGAGAUCUGCCGCGCCAUCCUGACCAUGGAUGAGCAGGAAGACCUGCCCAAAGACAUGCUGGAGCAGCUUCUAAAGUUUGUUCCUGAGAAAAGUGACAUUGAGCUCUUGGAAGAACACAAGCAUGAGCUGGACCGCAUGGCUAAAGCUGACCGCUUCCUGUACGACAUGAGCAGAAUCAAUCACUACCAGCAGCGACUCCAGACUCUUUACUUCAAAAAGAAAUUUGCUGACAGAGUGGCUGAAGUCAAACCAAAAAUCCAAGCUCUGAGUCUAGCAUCCAAGGAGGUGGUCCAGAGUGGGAUGCUGCGUCAGCUCCUGGAGGUGGUUCUGGCCUUUGGGAACUACAUGAACAAAGGACAACGAGGAAACGCUUUUGGAUUCAAAGUGUCCAGCCUGAACAAGAUGGCUGACACCAGAUCCAGCACUGAUAAAAACGUGACUCUGCUCCACUACAUGAUCUCUGUGUUGGAGUCCAAAUUUCCUGCAGUGUCAGCGGUCAGUGAAGAGCUGCAGAACGUUCCGGAAGCUGCUAAAGUCAAUAUGACUGAGCUGGAGAAGGACAUCGGUAAUCUGAAGUCUGGUCUGAAAAGCACUGAGAUGGAGCUGCAGUACCAGCAAGCUCAGUCCAGUCAGCUUCCACUUGAUCGGUUUGUACCUGUGGUGGGUCAGUUCAUCACCGUAGCAUCUUUCAGCUUCUCAGAUGUAGAGGAGUCGCUCCGAGAAGCCAAAGAACUGCUUGUAAAGGCGCUGGGGUGUUUUGGAGAAGACUCGUCCAACCUGAAGCCAGACGAGUUCUUUGGAAUCUUCAGCACUUUCCUCACAGCGUUCUCAGAGGCCAAAGAGGACAACGAGGACAUGACCCGACGGCGGGAGGAGGAGGAGAAACGGGCGCUCAUGGAGGCUCAGAUGAAGAAGGACAGAGAACUGAGGAUGAGGAAGAACAAAGCAAGUGAGGAGUGUGGUGAGUUCGAUGACCUGGUAUCUGCUCUGCGCUCUGGAGAGGUCUUCGACAGAAAUCUGUCCAACCUGAACCACAGAAAACGGAGGAGGCACAACACUUUCGAGAGCAGCCGAGAGAGGCCGGCGACUAAACUGAACCAGAACCAGGACAGUGGCUAAGCAGAACUCAGAAACGCAGGAAUAUCUCUGAAGUCAACAUUAAAAACACUCUGGCUGGAUAAAGAACACGAUGACAGAUACAUCGAUGAUGAGGCAGUUUAUGGAAACACCUGUUUAUUUGUUUGGGUCCAAACAGUGAAGCUGCUGAAAAAACAUGGGAUCUGUUAUGAUUCAGCUUCUUCUAUUUAUUCAUUUUCUCCUGGUUCUAUUAAUUCUAUUAAUUUUGUUUCAUGAGAGUCACAGAGAAUAUUUUCCAGAUGUCAGAUUCCAGGUGUUCUGGUUCUCCUGAUGUCUGGAAAAUGGGAAUUUUUGAUCCCCUUUCAGAUCAAUUUUCGAAGAAAAAAAGUUUUUUCUAUGUAUGACAGUUAAUUCACACACAUCUGUCCUCUCCUCUUUCCUUCAAGGGCGGGGCCAGGUGGGUUGCACCUGGGGGUCCACACAGACCACCCCUAAAAUUAGAAUACACCCCCCGCCCGGUACAAAAAACAUGCGUUUUUAGCUGCUUUUUAAGAGAUCACUGAGUCCACAGUGUGUUGUUGUGACCUGCGAGGGACAAUCACAUGCAUAUUAGCUGCUAGCUAACGCUGCUGCACAUUUAUAUUUGUGUAUUUAUACUUAUUCUCAUUAAUGUGCAAUAGUGUCCCUUUUACAUUAAUAAAUUAAAUAAAUGUAA